AUGCUCAUUUCCAAAGAGAACAGAAAGGCCAUCUACUCUGCCAUUUUCAAGGAUGGUGCCCUUGUCGCACCCAAGGAUUACAACCUUCCCAAGCACCCUGAUAUCGAUGUUCCUAACCUUGAAGUUAUCAAGGCUAUGCAAUCUUUGACCUCCAAGGGUUGCGUUAAGACUCAGUUCUCUUGGCAAUGGUAUUAUUAUACUCUCACUGAUGAGGGUAUUGACUACCUCCGUGAAUACCUCCAUUUACCUCAAGAAAUUGUCCCUGCUACUUUGAAGAAGACUGCUCGUCCUGCUGCUCCUCGUCGCUUUGGUGGUGAAGGUCGUGAAAACCGUGGUCCUCGUGGUGACCGUGGUGAUUACCGUCGCAAGGAAGGUGCUGACGGUGACUUCAAGCCUGAAUUCCGUGGUGGUCUUGGUCGUGGUAACCGCGAAUAA